AUGGGUAGCUGCAUGAUGCAAACAUUGGCUGGUCUGGCGCCAGGAGCACCCUCUUAUGAAGCACCCUCUUAUGAAGCACCCUCUUAUGUAGCACCCUCUUAUGUAGCACCCUCUUAUGUAGCACCCUCUUAUGUAGCACCCUCUUAUGUAGCACCCUCUUAUGUAGCACCCUCUUAUGUAGCACCCUCUUAUGUAGCACCCUCUUAUGUAGCACCCUCUUAUGAGGCACCCUCUUAUGAGGCACCCUCUUAUGAAGCACCCUCUUAUGAAGCACCCUCUUAUGAAGCACCCUCUUAUGUAGCACCCUCUUAUGAAGCACCCUCUUAUGAAGCACCCUCUUAUGUAGCACCCUCUUAUGAGGCACCCUCUUAUGAAGCACCCUCUUAUGUAGCACCCUCUUAUGUAGCACCCUCUUAUGAAGCACCCUCUUAUGAAGCACCCUCUUAUGUAGCACCCUCUUAUGUAGCACCCUCUUAUGAAGCACCCUCUUAUGAAGCACCCUCUUAUGAAGCACCCUCUUAUGAAGCACCCUCUUAUAUAGCACCCUCUUAUGAAGCACCCGUAGCACCCUCUUAUGUAGCACCCUCUUAUGAAGCACCCUCUUAUGAAGCACCCUCUUAUGAAGCACCCUCUUAUGAAGCACCCUCUUAUGUAGCACCUUCUUAUGUAGCACCCUCUUAUGUAGCACCCUCUUAUGAGGCACCCUCUUAUGAGGCACCCUCUUAUGAAGCACCCUCUUAUGUAGCACCCUCUUAUGAAGCACCCUCUUAUGUAGCACCCUCUUAUGAAGCGCCCUCUUAUGUAGCACCCUCUUAUGUAGCACCCUCUUAUGAAGCAUCCUCUUAUGAAGCACCCUCUUAUGAAGCACCCUCUUAUGAAGCAUCCUCUUAUGUAGCACCCUCUUAUGAAGCAUCCUCUUAUGAAGCACCCUCUUAUGAAGCAUCCUCUUAUGUAGCACCCUCUUAUGAAGCAUCCUCUUAUGAAGCACCCUCUUAUGAA